GCCUCAGCAUCUCCCUGGGAGACCUGGUGCUGGAUCAGAGGUCCAGGCUGGGGCUUCACCCAGAGCCGAUCAGGUCGAGCCCAGCCCUGAAUAUUCACUGGUUGACUUUCAAUACCCUGAGCUGCCCCAUCGAAUCCCAAAGCCCAAAUGUUGCUGUCGGCACUGGGCGGGGAUUGAUCGCUUAAAGGUACAAUCCAAUGGAAGAUGCCCAUCCCUGAGGGCUGGGAUGCUGUGCACAUCACCUGUGCUGCCCACCUGCCUGAAGAUGGAGAGCGUUGGGCGGCUGCUCAGGCUGGUGUGCCUGUUCGUGCUGGUUCCAGCACCUUUAUAUGGUGCAAAUACAUCCCAGACUACAUCUGUUUUACAACGUGGAGCUGAAAACUAUAAAGAUUCCAUUCAAUUCAUUAAUGCAACAAACAAGGCAGUUGCUCACUAUACACUUUCAAUUGAAUACAUGUGCUCUGAGCCCAGUACUGUUGGUGUUGAGGUUGUCGUUUCAUCCGAUGUCAAAAUUGGGGUUCCAGUUUACAAAAGAAGAUGGAAAUGUGAGAAAUAUCUUCACACUUUGAGAAAUCGAAUUUUGCAGAUAAAGUUUCCAAGCAUUAUGUUAUACAGAGCUGAUUAUUUUACCAAACAAUCUAUUGUCGUAAACAGUGUAAUAUUGAGAGGUUGGAUUGCACCCACAAAUAUUGGGGCAAAUAAUACCAGCGAUGCAGUUACUUAUGAACAAGCUGUGACCAGGACCUACAAAUUACUGGAGGCACUCAAUCCCUUUGAAAGGCCAUACAAAAAUCACAAGCAAUCUCUUCGGUGGGACACAGAGAAGAUACAGGAGAUAAAAGAAAAGCGAAUCCCCCAGUGUUUGCGUGAGAGUGAUGUUGUUCAAUUGCUACGUGGCCCGUUUGCAUCAACUGGUAGAAAUUUUGGAGUAGUAAAAAAACUGAGCAAAUUUGACAACAUGGAACUGGAAAUUAUCAGGAAACAUUCUGCCAAUAAUCCAAGGUUUACUAUUUCAAUGUGGAUUUACGUACUUCGUGGGUGUAAGCAGGAUCUGUGCGGAAUCAUCCAUUACAUCAAUGCAAAUCGGACCUAUGGAACACCUUUGCUGUUUCUAACCCAAGAUGGUAAUAUACACUUUCAGAUGAAGCUGUCCUCAGGGAAACAUAAUGCGGGAAAAUCAAAAUUCAAGCUGCCAUUUAGGCAUUGGUGUCGCUUGGAUCUUUCCUUGCGAGGCAGAAAGAUGACUUUGUCAAUCAACUAUGGAGAAAAGUUUGAACACCGUGAAGAUGCAUAUUAUGAUUAUCCUGAGCCAGUUUAUUACAAUGAUACAUCCGGAUACUUUGUACUUGCCGGCAGUAGUCAUGUUCGUAGCUUUGAAGGAUUCUUUGGUCCAGUGAAAUAUUAUCGGAUCCGAGCAUUGGACAGUAAAAUGAUUUCAAAUCCUCUUGAAUUGAAUGCUGACUUUUAUCAACAAAUCGAACAAUACUAUGAAAAAUGUCAAGACAUCAACAAGAUCAUAAGGCAGUAUUUCCAGGCCCUUGGGUUAACCGAGAAAAUGAGCCGAAUGAAUAGAAGUGAGAACUAUUAUUCACAGUUGAUCACAAAAUAUGGAAAGAUGGACCAUAAGGAAGAAAAAUGCCCUGUACAUCUCUGGAAUGAAAGUGCCCAAACCAAAUACAAGUCCCUAUUCGAUCUGCUUGAGACAAUGGCAUCAGAGACAUUUUAUGGCUUGACCUCAUCACUGUAUCCAGUUAUUAAAGUUGGUGAGAUACUUUUCCACAAGGCAUUAGAUACUUUAACUCGUCCAGGAGGCCUUCAGCAGAUCAGCCACUUGAUUCCUUCCUUUGUGGAAGCUAGUUGUUGCGGCUAUUACAGAGCAGCUUACUUCCUGGGAAUUCUUUUUGAAGCUGGACUUGGUGUUGACAUACAACCCUUACAGAGCUUGUUGUACAGUAUGGUUGCUGCACAAGGGAAUGAUAGACUUGCCUUAAUGCACCUUGGAUACAAGCAUUACCAAGGUAUAGAUGGUUACUUUCUGGACUACGAUAUGUCAUUCGGUUAUUACAUAAGCGUCGCAAAAAUGACUGUUCAGGAUCGGCAGGCACUUGAAGGAGAACAGGCUCUGGUAGAACCUGUAAGACUAAUGGAUAAUUUGGUUUUGGAGAUCCAAACAAAAGAAAACCAUGACUUAUUUUUGUGGCUCAGGUAUCAGGCAAACCAUGGCAAUUUGUUUGCUCAGAAAAAACUUGCUCAAAUGCUUUACUGGGGACAACAGGGUGUUAUGCGUGACAUUAAAGCAGCGGCAGAAUGGUAUUCUAAAAGUGCGUUGGAGACUGGAGACCCUUUAUCAAUGUAUGAGUAUGCACUUAUUUUAUUUAAGGGCCGAGGAGUGGAAAAAAAUACCAAAUUAGCCUUAAAACUACUGAAAAAAGCAGCAUCCAAGGGAUCACAUGAAGCAAUUAAUGGUUUGGGAUGGUACUAUGAAACGUUUGAGAAGGAUUAUGUGAGAGCUGUAUCGUAUUGGGAAGAAGCAAUGAAAAUGGGAAAUCUGGAUGCUUUGCACAAUCUUGGCGUAGUGUAUGGAGCUGGAUUGUACCCAGGAAUGCCUGAAAAAAAUGAGAUUGAAGCAUUUCAUUAUUACUAUGAAGCUGGAUUUUAUGGACACAUUGAAAGUGCAAUUCAUUGCUCAUCUUACUGGAGUACAGGAAGUUUGCAAUCCAUUCCAUACAACCCCAGACAAGCGGUUCUUUGGGCCAAAUAUGUUGCUGAACAAAAUGGUUUUUUGGGUUAUGCCAUGAGAAAAGCUAUUAAUGCCUACAUUCAAAAAUCCUGGAAUGAAGCAUUGUUGUAUUUCCUCAUGACUGCAGAGACUGGAAUUGAAUCAUCGCAAACUAACAUUGCGUACUUCUGCGAAGAAAACCCAGAACUCACAAGCAGCCAUAUCGCUGUUGAUUGCGCAUGGAAGUAUUAUAAUUUAUCCGCCUUCCAGGAGAAUCCAUACCCCUAUGCCUUGGUAAAAAUGGGCGAUUAUUACUAUUAUGGUCACAAACAACAGACGAAGGAUAUGACUCAAUCAGUUAAGAUGUACAGCCGUGCCGCUUUACAGAAUUACUCGCAAGCAUAUUUUAACUUGGGAACACUCGUAGAGGAGGGUAUCCAAUUACCUCCGGAAAUUUUAGAGCUACUUGAUUUUGACAUAGAAAAUCAGUCAAAUAGCGUUUCAGUCCUGUUGCAGCUGUAUGAGAGGUGCAUAAAUGUUAACAUUGAAGAAGCCCUUGUCCCGUGCUCUUUAGCUCUGCUUCGUCUUCAUCUGAAAUCAAUAUGGACGGGUUUUUCUUGUGCUGCUUUGUUUUUCACUACAGGCUCAGUGGUCUUAUCAACCCUGCUACUGUUCGCAGUAAAACACUUCUGGGUUUCUACAGCAAUCAUCCCCUCUACAAAUGUAAAUGAACAGUAUCCAGUCAUGAAUUCAUCUAAUGGAAUGACUGAAUCUGAUGCCUCCAAUCUAGAAGAAGCAUCAUUAUCUUCCACUGCAGCAGAAGAUGUGGAACUGAGUGAGACAGGAAUUGUUGAGUAACAUUAUCAUAUAUAGACUGAUCCACCAAUAAUUUUUAAAAAAAUACAAUUGAAUAAGACAUUCUUUGGGGUUUUCUAUUCAUGAAUGUUCUACUCAUCAGUGAUAGUACACAUGUGUCAAUGGACCUAACCAUUAAAAGUUAUGAGCACAAGGGGAAAAUAUUUAAUAUAUUUGAAUGCCAUUGAAGCAAUGUCUCAGUCAUGUGAAAUUUUUAGUUUUGAUGCAAUGAAACUAUCAUUGUGUGACAGUAAAAAAGUAAAUAAAAGGAUACCAAGGGUCUUUAAAAAGGUAAUCUCUAAUGUGUAAAUCUUCAACAUUUUAAUCAUAUUUGCCUCAAACCAUGAUUAUUGUUUAGUUCCAAAUUAAAAUGUGAAUAUGGAUUGUUCACAAAAUAUAAACAGUUUGGAGUAUUUUAUGAUUGAUUCUCAUUCUGAAAAUAGUUGUGGGUACAGAAGCCAGAGUGGAACUAUUCUGUUCUGUGUGAUCCAAUUACUUGGUUGUGCAAAGCAUUAUUCUCCUCUGUUUGGUACAUUUGUUCAUGUUAUAAGUGCAAUACAGUAUUAAAAGUAAAAACAGCAUAAUGGGACAGGUGUAACAUCAAAUUUCAGAAUUUAAAAAUUCAGGUUUUGUAGUUUAUGCCAAUGUAGAGACACAUUCCUAACAUUUAAGGAACACAAGAGAAUAAUCUGUCUCUCACACCAUUAAGUUUACAGAACAGAAUAACUCCCAAUGUGGCCAGGCUUUAAUCCUGUUAGUUUUAAAAACAUGCUCUCACAUCAACCAAUAUUCACAGUGAUUGAUUUUAUCAAUUGAGCUUUAAUAAUGUUAUUUCAGGGUGAAAAGCUGAGAGCUACAUUUGAGAGGUAUUUCAACUCAAUUUUACAGCAGAGAAUACAAUACAAAAUUACAUUUUAUGUCAGGAGGACAUUGAAUUUAAUUCUUGAAAGUCAUAUUUCUGGCAUUAGCAUUCUGAGACUGCCAUGGAUCAGAGCUGUGGUCUCACACGAUCACAGGAGCGGGUCAGAUGAAGAAAAGCCUUUGGCCUAUCUGAUCUCAUCCUUCCACAAUACCCACCUUGCCAUCCUAUUACAGCAUCAAGCUGUUAAACAAAUUAAACAAAUCCAGGCUCCUCCAUCAACCUUACAGAUAACUUGUUCCAAUUGUUAAUUACCCUCUGGAUACAGAAAUGCUUUCUGGUGUCUGGUCUCAUAUUGCCCUUUGCUACUCUGAUCCUGGAUAGGUUAGCAUGACACAUAUGGUGUGUCCUACACCCAUGUGUAUUGUAAACAUUGGUGCAAUAUGGUUAGUCUGCCACCAGAUGUCACUAAUGUACUAAGCAAAUAAUUAUAUAUUUGAUCUUCACAAAUCCUUUCAGACUUCUUGGCCCAGAUGAUUAUUUAUGUACAACAUUUUCUUCUAGGCUCAGAAUAAGUUCAGAAUUGGAGUCCUGAUGCCCUUAUGUCCUCAUAGUCUUAACCUUAAGACAAUUGCCCAAUAAUUUAAUGUUGUGAAGAUUUUUGGAAAAUUCUUUUGAGAACUUUGGAAAAGCUGGCUUUUAAAUUUCACAGGAAAUUUUUGUGUUGAAACCAAAAUAUGGGACUUUGAAUGGAAUCUCUGUUUCAGAGUUUUAAUUGUGAACAUGGUGUUUUCAUACUAUUCCUUUCAGAUUGUGUUGAAUGGAUGUAAUUUACAGUUACGGACAGAAAGGUAAUAGAUCUAAGGAAAAUACAGUCAUGGAAAUGUUAAACAUGUGUAGCUAGGAGGCUAGUAAACAGUCCGGGCUAUAUUUUAGGAUAAAUGUUCAAAUGAACUAUUGCUUUGCUUCCUGCUUUCUUCGGCGCUACAUUGGAUUGAAAUUUUCUUUUCCUGGUUUAAUGAGUUUAACUCUGAUCUCAAUAAACUCCAAGAUGAAGUUGGUCACAAAUGCUGACAUUUAAUAAGCGAUUACAGUAAUUAUGAAUCCAUUCAAUAAUGAAUCCAUUCCUGAUAUCUACUAAAUAUUUCCUGAUUAAAGAUGAACAGAUUUCUCUUUUCCCUGAUUAGUAUAUGCUUUUGAAAAUCCUUGAAUGCAUUUAAAAUAAAUCUGUAAAAUUAGAGUAAUUUGUUAUUGGCAGUCAUCCAAUUAUUAAAAAAAAGGUUAUUGUAAUUACAAACCAGCAGACGCUACAUUAGAGCAUUUUGCACGGAUGAACAGAACAAAGACCAUUUAAAUUAAACAUGUUUAUAUGGAGGAGAAUUGCUUCUUUUGUUCUUCAGAUCUUUUGGAAUGUUACACUCGAGCCAAAAAAAUUAUUGUAAUUUUAUUACACUUUGGUUGAUGCUAGUCUGCA